CUGGCAGCUGCUUUGCUUGUUACAGCUACAAGCAGUAGUGCUCAUUGUUCGCGCGUAUUGGAACAACAUGGUGGGCAGGAGCUGCGCGUGAAGCCUCAGAGUGAACUUGGGAGUUUUUUUUUUUUGUAGGGUGGGAGGAAUGUCAAAUGGAAUAUGGGGGCGGUUAUGCUAACAUACUCCAAUAGAGCGUACACGUCCUCCUCCUCCUAGGACCGUCAGGAGAGGGGGAGGAUUGAGUGAGAGUGACUGAUUGCCAGACAGAGGAGGCAGUUUGAAUGACGGCACACCUGGUGCUUCUGAGGGCCUUUCCCAUGUUUUGAUUGAUUUUCAUUUUAUUUUAUUUAUUCUUAUUUUUUUUUUUUUGUACUUUGUGAACUCGCUUUCAUCAAGCCGCCUCCUUGCCAUGCCGUCCAACAGUCCUGCUGCCACCGAACUGCCCCAGAUGCCAGACAACAAAACCUCCAACAAUGUGAGUGAAGAUGGAGCAGAACAGGACAGUCCAGAGGAGGCAACUCAGGGGACCCCCCCGAACAAGCGUAGAGUGGGCCGUCCGAGCAGGAAACGCAAACCGUUCCUUCCUGAGAUGGCAACCUCUGAUCCCUGUGCCCCUCCGUCUCUGCCUGAGGAGCUGGAGCCCUCCCCCUCCCCUCGCAAGAAACGUGGGCGUCGGAAAUUAGAGCAAAACGAGAGGAAUAAGGAUGAACCAGACGACAGAAGUUGUGACUCCCCCAGAGAGGGUGAGACAGGGAGGUUGCGUAGGAAACCGGUCCCCAGGGUGACUUUCCAGGCCGGAGAUCCGUACUACAUCAGCAGGAGACAGAAGGAAGAAUGGCUCAGCCGCUGGAAGAUGGAGGCAGAGAGGCGGGCUUACAGAGAAGCUGAGAUGAGCAUGAUGGAUGACCUAUCCGAAGCAGACUUUCAAAAAGAGGACGAGCCAGCCAGCCCGGAGCCUCCACCAUCCCAGCAACAAACAGACCCCGCCUCCCCGAUCGUUGCCGUAACACCCGAGCCGGUCGCAAGAGGAGACCAGGCAACGCCCAGAGAAAUAGAGUACCAGGAUGGCAGGGGCUUUGGCAUCGGUACGCUGGUGUUUGGGAAGCUGCGAGGAUUUUCCUGGUGGCCCGGCAGAAUUGUUUCCUGGUGGAUGAGCGGCCGUAGUCGAGCCGCUGACGGGACCCGCUGGGUCAUGUGGUUUGGAGACGGCAAAUUCUCUGUGGUUUGUGUGGAGAAGCUGAUGCCGCUGAGCUCUUUCUCAUCUGCCUUCCACCAGCCCACAUACAACAAACAGCCCAUGUACCGGAAAGCCAUCUUUGAGGCUCUGCAGGUGGCAAGUGUGCGAGCAGGGCGGCCCACUCCUUCCUGCGACCCGAGCGAUGAUACGGAGGGGGUUGAGCCUCAAACAAGACAGAUGAUAGAGUGGGCCAUGACAGGCUUCUUACCCAGCGGGCCGCAGUCACUGGACCCUCCUGAGGAGGAGCAGAAUCCAUACAAAGAUGUCUACUCUGAGAUGUGGGCAGAACCAGAGGCGGCGUACACUCCUCCCCCCGCUAAGAAGCCUCGCAAGAACGCAGCAGAAAAAGCAAAGAUAAGAGAGGUGAUCGAUGAAGGAACCAGAGAGAGGCUUAUACAUGAGAUUAAAAAGAAGACACGGAACAUAGAAGACAUCUGCAUCUCCUGUGGAAGCCUCAACGUCUCUCUGGAGCAUCCUCUCUUCAUGGGAGCAAUGUGCCAGGGCUGCAAAAAUUCCUUUCUGGAGUGUGCCUACCAGUAUGACGACGACGGCUACCAGUCCUACUGCACCAUCUGCUGUGGAGGCAGGGAGGUGCUCAUGUGUGGAAACAACAACUGCUGUAGGUGUUUUUGCGUGGAAUGUGUGGAUCUGUUAGUCGGCGUCGGCUCGGCAGCAGCAGCCAUUAAAGAGGACCCUUGGAACUGUUACAUGUGUGGGCCAAGAAGCAUUUACGGCUUACUGCGACGCCGGGACGACUGGCCUUGCCGCCUUCAACAUUUUUUCGCCAAUAAUCAUGAACAAGAGUUUGAGCCUGCCAAGUUGUAUACUCCAGUUGCAGCAGAGAAGAGGCAGCCAAUCAGAGUCUUAUCACUGUUUGAUGGCAUUGCCACAGGUCUCUUGGUGUUGAAGGACCUGGGCCUCCAAGUGGAUAAGUACGUAGCGUCCGAGGUGUGUGAAGACUCCAUUACUGUUGGCAUGGUCAGACACCAAGGACGCAUCAUGUAUGUCGGCGACGUGCGCAACGUAACCCAUAAACAUAUUGAAGAGUGGGGACCAUUUGACCUGGUGAUAGGAGGAAGUCCCUGCAAUGACCUCUCCAUCGUAAACCCUGCACGAAAGGGCCUUUACGAGGGAACUGGACGCUUGUUUUUUGAGUUCUACCGUCUGUUACACGAGGCUCGACCCAAAGAGGGCGAUGAGAGACCUUUCUUCUGGCUCUUUGAGAACGUGGUCGCCAUGGGAGUCAGCGACAAGCGGGACAUAUCACGCUUCUUAGAGUGCAAUCCUGUGAUGAUCGACGCCAAGGAGGUGUCUGCUGCUCACCGUGCUCGAUAUUUCUGGGGAAACUUGCCUGGCAUGUCAAGACCACUGACGGCCAUGACGAAUGACAAGCUGGACCUGCAAGAGUGUCUGGAGCACGGUCGCACAGCCAAGUUUGAGAAGUUGCGUACGAUAACGACUCGCUCCAACUCUGUGAAGCAGGGGAAAGACGAGCAUUUCCCCGUCUACAUGGACAACAAGGAGGACAUCCUCUGGUGCACUGAGAUGGAAAGGGUGUUUGGUUUCCCUGUCCACUACACCGACGUGUCCAACAUGAGUCGUCUGGCCAGGCAAAGGCUGUUGGGGCGUUCCUGGAGCGUUCCCGUCAUCAGGCACCUCUUUGCCCCUCUAAAGGAAUACUUCGCCUGCAACUAGUCACGCAACAACUCUUCUCUUCUCUCUCUCUUUCUCACACACACACACACAUUUGUGACCGCAGGUAACUGCAGAUAGUACACAGCUUGUACAUGAAGGUUGGCUGAUGCAAACGAAACAGAUGACCACACACACACACACACACACACACACUCUGCUAACAACUUCAUCCCUAGAUCUCAUAUCCCUACAUAUCAUCCAUCUACAGGCUAAUCUUGCUCCCCAGGUGCUACCUUGCUGACGUACAUACUUGCUAGUGUGUAUAUCUUCACACACACACACACACACACACACACACAACAACUUCCACUUCCACAAGACCUUAAACUGAUAUCUUCUGCUGUUUUUUGCAUUAGUUACAGUCUCCACAAAGCACCGACACCAAAAAAGAAACUUGACUAAAGUAUAGUGAAGUGAAGGUGCUGUGGUUAUCCAAAACAUGGCAUACACACACACAUACACACAGCUUCACAUCCGCGGUGCUGGCCAGUCAGUGCCACUUUCAUCUUCCUGUUCUUGGUGCUCUCUCAGAGGCGUUCCGGUCUCAGAUGUUUCAUUUUUUCACUUGCUGCAGUUUUGUGUCCCUAACAGAGUUAAGCCAAAUACCGUACUUUCAAGCAGGCACAGAUAUUACACCAGCUCUUGUGGGGUUGUUUGAGGCCUGGGAGAGAAGGAAAAUAGGAAGGAAGAAAGGAGAAGGAAAAAAAACAGGGUAACAACUUCACUCUUGUAACUUCCCUUUAGUUACAAAAAAAAAAACAUCACGGAAGUGGAUGAGUUAAACUGCACAUGGAGGGGGCCAACUAACACUGUAGCAUAUUUUCCAUUCAGUUAAGCAGGAUAAUGUUGAGAGCCCCCUAGUGGCCAAGUAUAGGUAGAAUGGUUGAUCUUCAUGCUUAUUUGGUAGGGUUUUAAAGAAAAAGUGUUUUAAGUUACUUGUCUUUUUAACUGAAAAAUGCCCUUUUAAUAUACUCUAUAUUUAUAUACAGUAGUAUAGCCCUUUUAAUUAUAGAAAAUUAUAGCAUUUAUAGCAUUAGACAGCUUUUUUAUAGCAUCAUACUAAAUGAAUUGUCAAGAACUCUGUGUGGUUAGGAGAAUCAAUUACUUAUUAUUGGUGGUGAAAUGUAGUGCAGUACUUAACUUUGACCAGAGGAGGUGCUGUUGAGUCAGAACUGCAUGGUAGCUACGGGGAAGUCAGUGUGGGAAAACCUCUUAUGCCAAUUUUCUAAUAUUUCAUUUGUGUUUUUAUUAUAGGAUGAGACCAUGCUUCCUUAAGGUUUGCUGCUAUGCAGCAAACACACAUUGAUAUGUACUGUAUAUAUAUGAAAGAACACUUUAAUUGUUUGUUAUAAAGUGGUAAAAUGUCGGAUUUAGUAAGUGUAGCAUCAUAAUGAAGUAGGAUAACAUGUUUUUUUUUUAUGAGUUUGCUCUCCCCUAUUCUUAGUUUAUAAUAAUCUUCCAGCCUCGGUGUGUAUGUUGUGUCAUAAUACAAAGUAUUGUCUAUAAAUAUACUGUAGUUGUAAGUAUAAAAUAAGUAUCUUGAAGUCAAAUUUUAUUUUCAUUAUUAGAAAAAUCAUUAGAUCAGUAAAAAUUAUUUUUAGUGUUGCAUAAGUAAUGAAGGUGUUUUGUUUGAUAACUAAAAGUGUUUUUCAUUGGUAUUGUUUAAUGUUUUGUUGCGGUUCGAAAAAUGGCUCACUUCAGUGAAGUCUAACUCAUCCAUCAAGAUUUUUAAGUCUUUGGAAGACAUAAUUAAAGGUCCCAUAUUAUAUUAUUAUAGUAUUUGACAACAAUUUUUAAAUACGUCUGGCCUGGAUGCUGAAACUGCAAAGUGUUGAACGCAAGCUUUGUUUGUUUGUCCAUAAGUGUGUAGUACCAAAAAAACUUUUUUUCCACAUACGGCCCAUCGCAAAUCUGCUUUUGUCGAAAAUAAUAGAUGCCAUUUUAGCAACACAAAAACAUAUGAUAGGAUAGUUGGCUUUUUAAGAUGUGUAGCGAAGCCUCCUUAUAAACAGUAGUCAUAAAUGCACCCUAGGGACACGUAUUACUGUUAUUACAUAAUAGUGGAGUCCGUUUUGCAUAAUAGGGGACCUUUAAAGUCCACGUAAAUCAGCAAAAGUGUGACGAUUGAGUGAAAAACAGCCUCUCUUUGUGCCUCAGCCUCUUGUGCUCUGCUCCCGCAAAAAAAAAAAAAACAUUUUUGCAGCUUGCUUGACUUCGUUGGGAUACAAAAUGUUCUCAUGAAAAACAUCCAGUGAAACCAGACCUUGACUCUGUGGACACUAUACUAGCUUUUUAUGUAGGGCUGCCUUGUCAGUAGUGGGAUCCACUUAUCCCCUCCAUAGGAAAUUGAACACAAGACAACAGGGAACAUUUCUCCUUCAGUCUGGUGCUUUUUGGUCCAAAGUCGACCAAUUUUUUUUUUUUUUUCUCUAUUGAAAGCCUUCCACUGCUCUGACCUUCCUCAGAAACCAGCUAACAACUGGACGCAAACACACGCAGUCGACACACAAUCAAAACACAAUACAGUACAACAAUAAGCCAGCAGUUUUGUCUCUUGUUUUUUUUUUUCCUCCAUCAUGUUUACUCUCUGUUUAUACAACCAAACUUCAGGUGCUUUUUUCAACCAACCUUCAGGUGCUUUUUUCAACUCUGCUCUUUAAUACAGUGCUCUUGCAGGUUACGCAGACAAACACACAUAAACAUACACACAAGCAAACACACAGUUGCUGGAAACACAUUCGGCGCGGUGCUGAUUUACUCUCAAAUGCACACAUUGCGUAGUCACUGUGUUUCUGCAGGACGGCCCGUCGCCACCUGGCCUUCUAUGGCACGGCUGGGUAUGACAUCAUCACCCUGCGCCGCAUUGGUGCUCCCUCCCCCGCCUCUCCCCCUUUCCUUACACCCUCAGAUACUGCAUGUCAGUCUGUCAGUGUAAUCUCAUGUUAGAUUAGAGAGUAAUGAUGAUGAUAAUAAUGGUAGUAUUAAUUACAAUAAUAAUCCGUUAUUGUGUGUGUGUGUGUGUGCGUGUGUGUGUGUGUGUACUGUUCCAGGUCGGUGCUCAGUUAAGCCAGCCUAGAGGGGAGAGAAGCUAGAGACUGCAGAUAUUACAGUUAGUUGUAGUGACUUUGUCUUGUCUAUGCUAGGACGUCAGGAGGUAAGAGACACUCUCAAACAAGAAAUGUGUUGGUAAAACCCGCAGAAUAUGCCUUUAAACGUCACACGGAAAGCUCUUAUCAUGCAUGAUGACUUCAGUAAAUAUCGCAGAAAUUCAAUAACCAGUGCCACACUAAUAUUAGCUCAGUGAGCAUCUAAAAACAGGGCUGUUCAGCUAGCACAGUUUCACAAAGCAAAGGACCAAGACUUCUUCAUACAAGGGGUGUCCAAACAUGUCCUGUAUUUUUCUUUUCCAAGUUCUGUUAACCCUUUUUUGUAAACUUGUAUGCACAAAUGGUGAAAUCGGUCCUACCUCGUAAUGUUAAAGAAUCCUUUAAAACAAUCCUUGAUCCAGACGCCCAUCCGGAUCACCCACAAAUUUUAGCGAGUUCUUCCAUAUCCCAUAUCCGACAAUCUUUGAAAAUUUCAUCCAAAUCCAUUUGGAACUUUUCAAGAUAUUUUAAACAUGAACAAACAUAAGUGUCGGGGGAAAAAAAAACGGAACCUCUACGCUGUGCUUGGGAGAAGUAACAAAGUUUCAUCGUCAAAUGUUUUUUUGGAAUCCUUUUUUCAUUCAUUCAUUUUCUACCGCUUAUCAUCACGAGGGCAUGCUGGAGCCUAUCCCAGCUGUCUUCAAGCGAGAGGCUGGGUGCACCCUGGACUGGUCGCCAGCCAAUCACAGGGCACAUAUAGACAAACAACCAUUCACACUCACAUUCAUACCUAUGGACAAUUUGGAGUCGCCAAUUAACCUAGCAUGUUUUUGGAAUGUGGGAGGAAACCGGAGUACCCGGAAAAAAAACCCACGCAUGCACGGGGAGAACAUGCAAACUCAUGAGUGCGGAAUCAAAUCCGAGUCUCGCUAACCACUUGGCUACCGUGCAGCCAAAAACCUGUUUGCAAUCUUCUUAAUACCAUUUCUAAAAUUAUUAGAGCCUUCCAGACAUGAAACAACACCCCUAUAGUCAUCUGUUCACUCAUUUGAGAGUGAGUCAGUUGUGAUAGUGUGUAGUAUUGCAGGGGGGGACCGGAGUACCCGGAGAAAACCCAUGCAUACACAUACAAACUCCACACAGAGAUGCCCUAGGUGGAAUCAAACUCGGGUUUUCUAGUUGUGUGGCCUUCACGCUAACCACUCGUACCUUCAGCAGGGUAAUGAUUAUUUCACAGAUGAACAGAUAGCCAAAGAUUGUGUAUAUAACAAAGAUCUCCAUUUACUGGUCGAUCUACUUUCCGACUAUCACUUAUGGUCAUGAGCUUCGGGUAGGAGAUUUCGCUGUACUGUGGCUACGGUUCUCCUUUAGAGAUACAGUAAAGUGAGAAACUCGGAGUAGAACUACUGCUCCAUCUUGUCAGGGUGCCCCCGAACACCUCCUCAGGGAGCUGUUUGGGGCACGUCCAACUGGUAGGACUGGCUGGGGAGAGGGAAUUCUGUCCUCUGAUGAGCGGUAGAUGAUGGAAUGAUGGAUGCUCAUCACUAAUGAUACUUCAAAAUCAGCGGCUGCCAUCUUAUGGAGUUCAUUAAAAAACUACAUCAAGAGGUUGCCCACAGCCGCAGAGCAUCACCUGUACAGUUGAUAAAGGGGGUGACAGUUCACGCCUGGAAUUUUCAACCUUACAGGUUUCAGCCGCGAAAAGGUUCCUCAAUGAUCCAAAUUAGCAAAAGACGUUUACAUUUCCAUAGUUGUUUUUUUUUUUUACAGACCUACAUUCCGUUUAGCGGCAGCUGUAAUUUAGUAUAUUGUGUUGAAGUAAAUAUGCUAAUCGGUCAUGUAAUAUUAUGUGUGAAUCAUGCCCACGGUCUUUUUCCGGCCAAAAUCGCUGUCAGAUGCUUGAAUCGAUGGCAGCCAUGUUUUUAAUCCAAACUGUUUUGAUUGCAACUUUAUCCACAACAACGUACCAAUCAAAAUAAAAACAUCCACAAUAUAAAUCAUGCUCAUAUUUAAUCACAAAAAUAAAAAGAAUGAAUUUCAAUGAAGCAAAAACAAGCUGGAAACGGCUGUGAUGUCAACACGUUUCUGUUUGAGAGUGCAAAAGGACAAAAAAGCCAGGGGUAAGCAUUUGAUUGAUGGACAGCUGUCGAUGAAAAGAGUUUUUCAGGCUGAGUGAUGCGCAGUUUUUAACACUGAUAUCAGAAUCACAUCAACAACAACAACAAAAAAUACCGUUCACACACAAGCCAACACUGCACAGACACGUGACACAAACACAACACCUUCAGACAAACAAUGCUGUGGCGCAUUCACACACUCAUCUCAAGGACUACAUGAACGAAGAUGAGCUUUUAGGUGAAGAGGAACUGCUGGUGUUUCAAAAAGGUGCUAAAAUUGUUUUCUGAAAAUGAGAGGAAAAAAAAAAUCUAGGAGUAUAAAUCAAGUUUGUCUUUACAAUGACUGUAUUUAAGUUUGUUGUAGUAAUGAAGAGGCACUAUUAUUAUUUUACUCUUGUAUGAAUAUGAACUAAUUAAAAGGCAUUUUAACUUUGUACUUGAACAAUGUAAGAAAAGAACCGUGAAUAAAAAAAACGACUGUUUCUUGUGAUUUAGUGCAUCGAUUGCCUGUUUUAUUUUCCACAGCGAAAAAAAACAUCA